AUGUCAUUUCUAGGUCUAGGUGGUGGUCAACCACAAAUUUCUUCAGAACAAAAGAUUCAGGCUGCAGAAGCCGAAUUGGACUUGGUUACCGAUAUGUUUAAUAAAUUGGUUGACAACUGUCAUAAGAAGUGUAUAAGCUCAAAUUACAGCGAGGGAGACUUGAACAAAAAUGAAUCCAAUUGUCUAGAUAGAUGCGUUGCUAAAUAUUUUGAAACUAACGUUAAAGUAGGAGAAAAUAUGCAAAAAAUGGGCCAGAAUUUUAGCGCUGCUGGACGUCUUUAA